CACCUGUUACGUGCCUCCUGCAUUGAAAGUGAUGGCCCUGUUACUGCGAGUCCACGUCAGUCCAAAACUUAUCAGAAAAAUCCAACUGUCCACUGUUCUACAAUCUGUGAAGCAGCUUCAAGAUGAACUACAAGCAAAGCUUGGACUUGAAGGUGACUUUGCAAUACAAUAUGAAGACCCAGAUUUUGGGAACGCACUUUGCAACCUGAUGGAUAUUAAUGAGCUACCUGCUGGACGGGCAGUGUUGCACCUCAUUUGGGAGGAAAAUGCAUCAGCCUCGCCACCACAGACUCCAUCUGAUCAUAGCGCCAUCUCAUCUAUUGAUACAGCCAGUGUGAGUUCAGCAUCUUCUUUCAGCCCAUCCUCAUCCACCCAUACCUACAUGCAUAGCACUUCACAGUGGCCAAAUCCAUUUCCUAUCCCAAUCUUUUCCUAUGAUGUAGAGUUAAAACUUCGCAAGGGCAAUGAGGUAUAUGAGAAAGCAGGGGCAAAUUUAAGUGUAACAAGAGACAUCAAGAUGGAAAUUCUAGACAAGCUGGCACAAGAAAUGUUUGCAAUCAAAGCCUACCCUGACAAGAAUGAAAUAACAUCUGUUGCCCAGGAGCUAGUUUCCAAACAUCCCUGCCUCAAAGAGCCCGGCAAUGGCACAGGAUAUGAUGGUUGGGCAACAAGCAUUAAGUUCAAGCUUGGCAACUACCGUUCCAAGCUAAGUCAAGCUGGAUGUAGUGAAGUUGCAGUCAAUCGAAAAAGAAGAGGGGAAGAAGAUGACAGUGGAUCAAAUAGAUUUUCCUUAAAGAAACCAAAGCGAGGUGAAGUCAACUUUAUCCCUGAUGCCCCAGAAAACUACAAUGAUGAGUCUCUUGAAAAUGAAAGAUGCAUUUUGGAAGAUGAAAUGAAGAAGAGGGAUAAGAACAUGGCACUCAUCACCCAAAAGAUGGACAUCACAUUCUCUCUCAGGAGGAAAGAAGUUGUGGAGAUGCAGCCCUUGGUCAAGGAAAUGCAGCUCAGAUGGCCAGCUCUCUUCUUGAAAGAACAGAUUUGUGCGGAAUUCUCACGCAUUACUACCAAGGAUCUCAUGGGGACCUUCAUGACUGCCCUCGACACUUACUCACUUCGGCUGAUUAAGCUGUAUCGAGUUAGAAAAGCUGCUUUCCGCAAUGACAUGGAUUCCCUGUUGCAGAAGUUUGAUGAACAGGUCUCAAACAUAGUCCAGCAUCGACGAACCAUCAGUUUGGAAGGGUUACCGAUAUUUGUUCGCGACGAUGAGACCAAACUCUUCUUAACAUGUCUGGAUACAGAUCCAGUUGAGAGGGUAACCCGAGGUGUUACGGUGGGCAUCCUCACUGUUCUGGAGGACUACGUGGGACCCAACUCGCAGUCCACAGUGAUCAACACUGCCAUUGUUCUGGAAGAGGACAUUAUUCUUGAUGAUCUGCCAGACCUUCCUACUGCCUUUGCCUACCUGUUUGGCCUACUUUAUGGGCUCAACAUGGAGUUUCCCAAAGAACUCAAGUACACAUUUGAAGCUGUGCAACACAUUUUUAUGGAGUUGACAUCUACCUGUUCCCAGAGGAUAAGAAGCUUCAAAACCAAGCUCUUAACCAAAGUCUAACCUAUUUGACAACAUGUUCAACUCAAAUGCAACUUGUGUAAAACAGAAUGCAGCAAUUUGUUUUGAUUUACAGUUUUUGGGUUUUGUGGUAAGUUGCUCUGAAAAAAGUUAAUUUCUGGCUUUAAGAAAAUGGUAAGGUGCAGAAAGUUUUGAAUCAAUCUCUUCUGUUCUAACUUUACUUAAUGUAGCUUGCAUGACAGAUUGCAGAUUUCAUGUAUAACAAGUUUUUUAUAAAAUGUUGAAAGGGUUUAUUCUAACUUGAACUGUUUUAAGCAAUUUUUAUAAUCUGGUUUUAGGUACAUUUGUACUAGUUUUAUAACAAAUGUGGCGCGAUACUGAACUUCAGAGGAAAUUAGAGUGUUGAUACAUUACUAUUAAAAGACAAGUGGUGGAAAAAUUUGUUUGAAAGUUGUUUGCUGUAUGGAAACCAGAUAUUCACAUACCAGAUGUUCACAUCCUGCCAUCUGAUGUUUUGAAUCUGUUUGUUAGUGACUAUCUAUCAAGAUAGGUUUGAUAUUCUGUCUGACAAUACCACACCUUUAAAAUUGAAUGAGUAACAUUUGUUACAAAAAUUUGACUUUUUGUGUUUUUGGAAGGACUUUAUUUGUGGCUGAAUGUUGUCAGUAUGUUAAAAAUGGCUCAUCUCAAAAGUCAA